AGUUACCAAGAAUUAAAAGUAACCUAUCGCGUCGAUUAACGAUUAAUACAGGUCACUAAAGCUACGGACUGACACCUAAAAAUUAAAAAAUCGACAAUAUUUAGAUAAAAAAACUUGUAUAUUCUGUUGCGAUAGUUUAUGAGUAAUAUUAUUUACGAUCAAUUAAAAUAAUGGAUAAGAAAAGGAAGAACUUUACCAGUCGUGCUACAUUAGUGCACUAUAAACAAACGUAGUUCAUUGGACAAAUUUGUUUUUGUAUUAGUCAAAUGUCAAAGUAACGUUAAAUGAUUUUAGAGAAACGUAUUUAAUAUAUUAUAAAAAGACAUUGCAGAAAUAAUUAAAUUAUAAAAAAUGUCUGCACAGACAAACCAGGAAACUAAAAAAGAGGAAGAACCUUUCGGUUUGGGAUGUGCUUUAGAAUAUUUUUCAGAGCAGGAAGAAAUUUUUAAAAUGAUAGAUAACCUGGAAAAUCUUGUAAACAGCGAUACUUCAUUAGUGGAAAGAACACAUGAAAAGUUUUCUUUUAUACUUAACCAAUACAUCGAACAACCACAUUUAAUAGACUCUCACAUUAACGAAUUGCUAGAAAAAUUUAUAAACAUUGUGAGAAAUCCAGAUAAUAGCGUAGAACUAAAACAUUUGGCUUUCAAAUUUAUGUUCGUAGUUGUUAAUGUUAGAGGAUUCAAAGUAGUAAUAAGACAUUUACCACAUGAAGUAACGGAUUUUGAGCCUGUAUUACAACUUUUGGAAGCUCAAACUCCCGACGAUGCCGAUACGUGGACAACACGUUAUAUUUUAUUAUUAUGGUUAUCUAUAAUUGUGAUGAUUCCAUUUCAUAUGUCGAGAUUUGACGGAUAUGAUCCCAAAGAAUCUGAAAAACCAACCGUUAUGGAUCGAAUAUUAAAAAUUAUUAAAAUAUACGCUGUAGUGCCUGAUAAAUGCCGAGAUGCCGCUGCUUACUUAUCACAUCAGUUUAUCACUAGGAGUGAUGUUAAAGAGAAACAUUUGUGUUCGUUUCUGGAUUGGGCGAAACAAUUGAGUACAUCAAAUGAUAGCAACGUGUUUGUUAUAUACGGCGCCUUAGCUUGUGUAGCGACAAUAUUAAAACACGGAAAACGUGAAGAUUUAUUACCGUAUACAAGAAAUUUAUUACAGUGGGUAGUGAACGCUGAAUUUAGAAACAAUUCCGGAGCUAAUAUUCAAAAACUCGUCUACAAAAUUAUCCAGAGAAUUGGAUUAACGUUUCUUGCUCCGAGAAUAGCGACUUGGAGAUACAAAAGGGGUAAUAGAUCUCUGGCUGCUAACUUGAGUUCCGGCGAUAGUACUGUAUCCUCAACUUCGAAUCAUAUCGAAGAAGAAAUAGAUGUUGAAGAUACUAUAGAGGUACCCGAUGAAAUAGAAGAAGUUAUUGAUCAGUUGAUUCAAGGUUUGAGGAACUCUGACGGUGUAGUCAGGUGGUCGGCUGCGAAAGGAGUUGGUAGAGUAACUGGGAGGUUACCUAAGGAUUUAGCAGAUGAAGUAGUAGGUUCCGUUUUGGAGUUGUUCAGUCCUAGGGAAUCCGACGGUGCUUGGCAAGGUGGAUGUUUAGCUUUAGCGGAAUUAGGUAGAAGAGGUCUUCUCUUACCGGAACGUUUACCUCAAGUGGUACCGGUAGUAUUGAAAGCAUUAGUUUAUGACGAACCGAGGGGAUAUUCAUCAGUAGGUUCUCAUAUAAGAGACGCAGCUUGUUACGUGUGCUGGUCUUUUUCUAGGGCUUACGAAAGUACCGUACUGGCUCCUUAUGUAAACGAUAUAGCUAGUACUCUAUUGAUUGUGACUUGUUUCGAUAAAGAGAUUAAUUGUCGUAGGGCAGCUUCAGCGGCGUUCCAAGAAAACGUCGGUAGACAAGGGAGCUUUCCACACGGUAUCGAUAUAUUAACUGCUGCUGAUUUCUUUUCCGUUAGUGUCAGAAGUCACGCCUUUUUAAAUAUAAGCGUUUAUAUUGCGCAAUUUGAUGAAUAUUCGGAAGCUUUGAUCGAUCAUUUGACUGUUAGGAAAGUAGAUCAUUGGGAUCUUAGUAUAAGGGAAUUGACUGCAAAGGCUUUGUUCAAUAUUACACCGAAGAAUCCUGAUUAUAUUAUAUCAAAAACGGUUCCGUCAUUAUUAGAAAAAACUAAUUCGAUAGAUUUGAACGCUCGUCAUGGUAGUAUACUUGCGAUAGGAGAAAUUUUACAUGCGGUGUCAAAAAUCGCCUCCGAAACCAAUAAAUCCAUAAAUUCUCUAAUAGGAGACGAUAUAUUAGAAAAAGUGAAACUAUUGAUACCGAAAUUUAAGGAAAAAUUGUAUUUCCGAGGUUUAGGUGGUGAAUUGAUGAAACAAGCUUGUUCCGAUUUUAUAGAAAAAUGUUCGUUAGCUCGUUUACCUUUUCAUCAAGAUUCAAUAAUAGACGAUUGGUUACAAUUACUCAACGAUUGUCUAUCCUACGAAGUAAUCGGUAUACGUUUAAGCGCCAUAACGGCUCUGUCUACUCUAUUACAAGAAUACUAUUUGGAUAAACAGGAACGUUGCGACGAAAUCGUUCGACAAUACGUCAAAGAAUUGACAACAACCACCAACGAACAAAGCAGAAUGGGUCAUUGUUUAGCUUUGGGGGUGUUACCUAAGCCGAUACUGAAACGAAAUUUCGAUUCGAUCGUUGACGUUUUGAUCGAAUGCGCCGCUAUUACCCCGAAUACCUCGAAAUGGGCGGAAUGUAGAAGAGACGCCGUUAAAGCUCUCACUUCCGUAGUUGCGACUAUGUCGGAUAGUAUCGGAACGGAUUGUACGGAUAGUCACAUCGAAAGUAUUUAUAACAGUUUUUUGGAGGGUUUGAAGGAUUAUACGCAGGAUAAAAGGGGCGAUAUCGGUGCUUGGAUGAGAGAAGCGUCAGUUACGGGUUUACAAUCGCUUACUUUUCUAUUGAGCGAUAGAUAUCCGAAGGUAUUGACGCCGGAAUUGAUGGGGCGGGUAUUGGGUGGUAUAGCGCAACAAGCCGUGGAAAAAAUUGAUAGGACCAGGGCGUUGGCGGCUAAAGUUUUUUAUAGUUUUAUAUUCAACGAUCCUCCCGUUCCGAAUUUACCGCAUCGCGAAGAACUAACGAAAAUUUUCGUAAAAACCGAUUGCGACGAAUUAAAUUGGAAUUCGUCAUCGGUGACAUUUCCGAAAUUCGUCCAACUAAUCCAGUUUCCGGGAUUCGUUCACCACGUCAUGGUUGGAUUAAUUUGUAGUAUCGGCGGUUUAACGGAAACAUUGGUGAAAGAUUCCAGUUCGUCGUUUUUCGCCUACCUGAAAGAAGAAUAUAGAACGAAAGGACCGGAACCGAUUCGUCGAAUAUGCGACGUCAUUUUGAAAAUAUUCGUCGAUUAUCAAAAAAUCGAUAGAAUAACUGUGCCCCUGUUCAGAUUUUUGGAUAAAUUGUUCGAUUCCGGGUGUAUCGAAUGCGUCACCGUUACGGAAAAUUCCGAAUUCGUCAGGGACAUUUUGAAAUUGAUACAACAAGAAAUUUCCGGUUGUAAAGAUAUUUAUAAAUUGAUCGACGGUAUUCACGUACUUUGUCAAUUUAUUCAGAUGAAAGGUGCUGUCUGUGAUAUAGCUUUAGUCCAAUUGAGUAUUCUCCUUUGUCACCGACAACCUUACAUAAGGAGGACGACUUCCAGCAAAUUUUACGAAGCUCUAUUAGUUUACGGCGAAGACACUAAAAUCAGUCCCGAUAAUAUCGAGACGGUUAUGACCGUUUUGAGUUCUACAGAUUGGGAGCAACCCGUCGAACGGAUUCGCCCUAUCAGAAAUGAGCUGUGCAAUUUGAUGGGUAUCCGGGUACCGGUGCCUGCCAAAAAGAAAACUUAAGGUACCAGUUAUUCGAUAAAAUAAAAAAUCCUUUAGAAAAAGGAACCGAUUAUAGAGGUUGUCUCAACUUAUUCCGAAACUAAUUUAUUAAUCGGUUAAUUGUUUUGUAUGGACAUGUGAAUUUAUUAAUUAAUUUGAUUAAAUAAAUAUAAAAGUUUCGAAAGGCUUUCGAUUAAUUUUAUAAUGUACGCUUUUUUAUUUCAAUCGUAACAAAUAAAUAAUUUUUAUAAA